AUGAGCCAAUCCAACGAGACCGACCCAGAUCCGCACGCCCUACCACACCAACAGCUCAGCUUGCAUCCUCCCUGGACAGACUCGACGCGUUCCCCCACAUCUCCCCAACCCAGAGACUCGUACAGUGCGAGCAGCAUCCCCGAUCACAACUCGGACAUCUACAUCAACAGCUACUACUAUGGCAACACCGACAUGUCGGAGCUCGCUGCUGCCAGCCCCAACCCAACUCUCGCUCAGAGCCCUCUCAGCUCGGCCAACCCCACCAAUUCCAACGACGAUCGCCUCCUGAGACGACUCAGCUGGGACCACUCUCACGACCCGCCCCAUCACCAAGCCCAUCCAGCUACACAGCCAGCUACACCGCCAGCCGCACCAUCCAGCUCACAUCGGCGCAGCAUUUCUUCCAUCGAUGCAGGCAUCCUUACCGGCCCACUCGAGCUCUCGCCCCAGCAACCACACGCAAGCCAAUCUAUGCACUAUGGCUACAGCGCCGAGUCGGAUGUCACCUACAUCACCGAGGACAACGAUAGAGCACUGCUCACUUUGCAAACCCAUGCUCUUCCAUCUCGCUCAGUCAAAUACCAUGAGCCAGAUCACCAUCACUUGCACCGCACUGCUUCGCCCGACGCCAUCGAACAGGCUCACGAACCCACGCUCAAAUCCAGCGCAGACGUCUACGCCACUUGCAAUUACGACAGAGCCAGGUCCGGUCUCGACCGUUUCACCAAGUCGAUCCGCAGAAUGAGUCGCCGCGUCGUCCACCAUCAGCAGCAUCACGCUCACAUCCCACUCACAGAUCAGGAUCCCGAAGAAAGCGAUUCAUCCGCCGUCGCCGCCGCCACCACCACCACCUUGACUCACCCCGAUCGACAGCCAUCUUCAUCUCACCACGUCCGCCCAAGCACCCACCAGUUGCAGCUAUUACGAGGCAAAAGUCUAGGUCUCUUUGGCCCCGACAAUCCUCUUCGCAAGUCGCUUGCCGCGCUGCUUUCCCAAUGGUGGAUGGAACCACUCAUCUUGCUCCUCAUCCUUGCCAACACCGUCACCCUCGUCGUACAGGCCGCUCCCAGCGUCUAUGCACAUCCAAGACCCGACAACUACUUUGGCGCCAUCCCCGACUACAUCCUACUCGCCAUCUUUGGCAUCUACACCCUUGAGAUCCUCGCUCGCAUCAUCGUGUCUGGUUUGGUCAUCAACCCGCCUCCGCUCUACGCUGCGCCCAUCCCAACGGCCCACGACGAUCACUCAGGUACGUCCGACGCCACCACAAAGCAAUCCUUUUCCACCUCCCCCGAGCACAAGCGCCAAAUGUCCAGAUCCAACACGCUCGACACGCUCGGCCUCUUUGGCGGCAACCUCAAAUCUACCGCCCAGAAGGUGCUUGCAGGCAACUCGGGCCUGACCGAGUCCUACUUUGAGUCACGCCGAGCUUCGGCAACAGCAACGCAAACGCAAACCAUCACGCUUGCCUCCUCUGCCCCGCAUACGCAUGACCCUUUGUCGACGCACCAACAGUCUCGACAUCCUGCUCGACAUGUCAAUCAGAGCGAGACCAGCAUGUUUCUUUCCGAAUCCACCGCGCCCUCAUUCUGGCAAAACACAAAGACGCCCUUCGCCGAAGCUUUCGAGAAGCAACGCGUGCAGGCAGUCCAUCACGCUUUCUUGCGCCAUUCCUGGAAUCGUGUCGAUGUAGUCGCCGUCGUCGCUUUCUGGAUCGCUUUCGCCUUGGCUCUCGGUGGUCAAGAAUCCGCCAACCAUCACCACAUCUACAUCUUUCGAGCGCUUAGCGUCCUCCGUUGUGCUCGUCUUCUCACCGCCACUAGCGGUACCACCACCAUCUUGCACUCGCUCAAGGCCUCCGCCUUUAUCCUGCUCAGCGUUACCUUCUUCACUGGCUAUGCCAUGCUUCUCUUUGGCAUCAUCGGCAUUCAGAGUUUCGAGGGCUCCUACCGCAGAAACUGUGUCUGGGUCGGUGAUCUCAACGGACAGCCGGGCAACAACAAUACUCUCUCACAACUCUGCGGAGGCUAUCUUACCACCGCCGGUCAAACACUCGGUCACGUCCUCGUCGAUGGCGCUCCCUCCGGCUCGUCUCCCAAAGGUUUCAUCUGUCCGCGAGGUCAAGUAUGCCAAGAGCAAUCCACCAACCCCGAAUCCAACACGCAGUCCUUCGAUAACAUUAUCACCUCGCUUCUCCAAGUCGUCAUCGUCAUCUCGUCCAACAACUGGUCGCAGACCAUGUACGACAUGAUCGACGCCGACUACUAUUCUUCCUGCAUCUACUUUAUCGUCGGAAUCAUCAUUCUCAACUUUUGGCUCGCAAACUUGUUUGUCGCCGUUAUCACAAAUAGCUUUGCUACCCUCACCGCACGUACCCAGCGCAGUGCUUUUGCCGAUCAAAUCCUUCAGGACAACUCCAACAAAGACCAAACCCAACUCCAAAAAGGAAGGCUCAAGUCGCUCGCCCUCGGCUUCAAGCGUGUGUGGGGCUACACAAAAUACCUCUGGAUCCUCGCCAUCAUCUUUGACGUAGCUACCCAAGCGUCUCGCGCAACCUACCUGCAACCGGCAGAGAUUCAAAAGCGCGCCAGAAUCGAGCUCUACUUUACCCUUGCCUUUGAUUUUGAGAUCGCAAUGCGCUUCCUUGCCUUUGUGCUCGAUGGUGACUGGCGUGGCUUCCUCGCCUCCAAGCAGAAUCGCGCCGAUUUCUUCUUGGCCUUGGUCACCAGCCUCAUCCAGAUUCCCGUCAUCAAGUCGUCCCAAGUCUACCCUUGGCUCACCUUUUUCCAGCUCGCCCGUUUCUAUCGAGUCAUCGCUGCCAUUCCGCGCAUGCGUGUGCUGCUGGUCCGAGCAUUUGGCUCACUCAACAAGAUGCUCAACAUGGUGCUCUUUCUGCUCCUCAUCGUUGGCCUCGCUUCCUUGAUAGCUACCCAGCUCUUCCGCGGAGACAUUCCGCAGCAAAGCGAUGGCCAGUGGACAGAGAUGACAUUCAAGCAUUCUUUCAACUCCUUCCUCGCCAUGUACCAGAUCUUCACCUCGGAAAACUGGACCGACGUCCUCUUUAGCGCUACUUCCAACGAGGUCGAGUACAAGCAGGCUGUCAUCGCCGCUAUUUUCCUGUCGGGCUGGUUUCUCUUUGCCAACUUUAUCGUGCUUCAAAUGUUCAUUGCCGUCAUCAACGAGAACUUCAGCGUUGCCGAGCACGAAAAGCGUCAGCAGCAAUUGGAGCAGUACCUCCGCCGCAACGAGCCACCGCCCUUGUCCUUCACUGCGCGUCUACUCAACAGGCUCAGUCCCUAUCGAUGGCUCAAGCGACGCAACGCAGCUCAUACAGGCUCGGCCGACUCCGAGCACGGCCGCAGCGACCACGCUGGUAGCGCCAGUGGUCAGACCAACAAGAUCGUCGGAGGAUCCAAGCUGGACAAGCGCACAGAUCAAGAAAAAAAGCAACGCCCCAUCUCGAUCCACCACAUGGUAGACACCUCAACGGCUACGGCACAUCGCACCGUCAACACGGUCAGGAAGAUGCUCCGUCUCGAUCAGCCGGAUGAGGAGGUGCCACUCGACAAUCUGCAGGCGCGCAGACUGCGCAGCAGUAUGCAUGUAGACGACUUGCUCCACUCCCGAGCUCCAAGCUCUGCUUACGAUGCUGAUCCAUCCGAUCAAGCAGCGCAUCGGUUUGCCAGUGAGCGCAGGAUGCAGAGGAUGCGAUCCGACCUCGGUCUCGCCUCGGAAUUCGGCGCACAUGAUGCAUCUCGCGCUUUCCUUCCACGUCCCCACAACGAUACGCGCCUCGAGCAGGCUCGGUUCAUCGCAACCCAUCCGUCGUACGACAAGUCGUACUUUCUGUUCUCCAACCACAAUCGUUUCAGACGCUUCUGCCAGAGUCUAGUCCCCUCAUCACAUGGAGAGCGUCUCUUUGGACGACCAGUCUCGCCCUACCGACACAAGCUUUUCCAAAUCCUCGUGUUUCUCGGCAUCGUAGGCUCGGUCGUCUCUGCCGCCAUCGCCACACCUGUCUAUCGACGUGACUACUACGCAAAGUAUGGCCUUAUCCGUGCUUCGUGGUUUUCGAUUCUCGAAAUCAGUCUGUCGUCGCUGUUUUUGGCCGAGUUCAUGGUUAAGACCAUCGCAGAUGGCCUUGCUUUCACACCCAAUGCAUACGUGCUCAGCAUCUGGAAUUCGCUCGACCUGUUUGUGCUGACCACCCUGCUCAUCAACGUCAUCACCGAGCUUGCUGUGAUCGGAGGUGUCUCGAGGUUCACCCGAGCCUUGAAGGCUUUCCGCGCGCUCAGACUCAUCAACUUGUCGUCACUCAUGCGCGACACGUUCCAUGCCGUCAUGAUUGCAGGUGCCGGCCGCAUUCUUGACGCCUCUAUCUUGUCGAUUCUCUACAUCAUUCCCUACGCAAUUUGGGGGCAGAACCUGUUUGCAGGAUUGCUUUACUCAUGCAACGACACGUCGAAUUCCAUUCAGACAAAGUUUGACUGUUGGGGCGAGUACAUCACCUCGCCAGGCAACUUUGACUUCUUGGCUCCCCGAGUUUGGGGCAACCCGACCGAAGGCAGCGUCUAUUCGUUUGACGACUUCAAGGGAGCCAUGCUCAUCCUGUUCGAGAUUAUUUCGCUCGAGGGUUGGAUCGACGUCAUGUCGACUGCCAUGGGCGUCGCAGGUAAGGAUCAGCAGCUGCAGAACGACAAUCGACAGGUUAAUGCGCUCUUCUUCCUCAUCUACAACUUGGUUGGUAGUACCACCGUCUUGACACUCUUUGUGUCGGUCAUCAUCGAGAACUUCCAGACGUUUUCGGGUGCUGCUUUCCAGACAGCCGGUCAGAGGCAGUGGGUCGAUCUGCGCAGAUUGAUCCUGCGCCAGCGACCUUCCAAGAGGCCAAAGCACCGACCCUCGCAGGCUGUCAGGGCGUGGUGCUACGAUCGUAUGCUCAACAAGAACGGCUGGUGGAGUCGCACGAUGACCUUGGUGUAUCUGUCGACCCUUGUCACGCUCAUGACGCAGCAGUAUUCCGAUCCAGCAUGGGCCAAUCAGCUGCGAGAUGCUCUCUACCUCGGCUAUACCGCCAUCUACGCCUUGGACAUCGUCGCCCGUCUGCUGGGUCUUGGCUGGAGGAGCUAUCGGGAGAAUCCGUGGAAUCUGUACGAUCUCUUUGUCGUCUCAGGCACACUCGCUACAACGCUUCCGCUGCUCACUGGAAGCGGAGACAGCAGCGUGGUGGUACAGUUCCAGAAGCUUUUUCUCACGUGCGUCGCUCUCAAAUUGGUGCAGAAGAAUCAUGCGCUGAACCAGCUCUUCAAGACGGCGUUCGCGUCCUUGCCCGCCAUUCUUAGUCUGUUCCUCUUGUGGCUCACCAUGUUCUUGGUGUGGGCUAUCAUGCUGCUCGAGGUGUUCGGGCUGACCAAGUGGGGACCCAACGAGACUUACUCGAAGAAUUUCUCGACCUUUAUCAGAUCGAUGGUGUUCCUCAGUAUGAUUUCAACGGGCGAGGGAUGGAAUUCUUUCAUGCACGACUACACGCUUUCGCCGCCUCAGUGUACACCGGCAGCCAGCUACCUCAUGACGGAUUGUGGCAGCGAGCCCUGGGCUUACGCGCUCUUCAUCAGCUGGAAUGUCAUCUCGAUGUACAUCUUCCUCAACAUGUUUACGGGUACGGUUGUCGAAAAUUUCUCAUACAUUUUCGACCUCGGAAGCAAAGCGAUCCUCACGCCUUCGGACAUUCGGUAUUUCAAGAGCAGCUGGGCACAAGUCGACCGUCAAAGGAAGGGCUACAUUCAAAAACAUCAGAUUGUUCCCUUCCUCGCUUCUGUCAAAGGUGCUUUGGAAGUGGGUAUGUAUCCGCCAGAGUGCUCUUUGCAAACGCUCAAAGCCGCUCUGGCGCAAGAAACGGCUGCUUCUCCGAGCCCAUCCACCGAUGGCAAGGGCAAGGGCGCUUUCGACUUUUUCAAGAAUGCCUCAUCACCGUUGCGCUCGCCCUUGCGCGACAACGGGGGUAGGGACAAGGACGGACAAGGGAUCUUUGCGUGGCCAUCAUCGUCAGCAGGAGAGCAGGCUGAACGCGCAGCACCGCAGACCGAUGCCGAAAGGCUGGCACGCGCUCUGUCAACUGUGGAUACCAAGGAUCUGCGCAUGCGCCGGCAACGCUUCAACCGGCUCUACCACGAAGCUGUGUUACUCGCGCAUCCGCGUAAGGGCAUUUCCUUCACGGACAUGCUGUUGCUGUUGGCACGCACCAAGCUGGUCGACGAGACCGAGGCACUCAACGUCGAAGAGCUCAUUGAGAGACAAGACGUGAUGGAGCAGAUUGAACAUCGCAUUCGACUCGAUCGGGUGCGCGGUCUACUGCAGAUGGGCUACUGGCGACGCAGGUUCCUCGCUCUGCGCGACGAGCUGCAUAAAGGCGAUGCGGGUGGAGAGGCGGUACCGACGAUCCUAGUGCACGAGAGCCCAAGCAGAUCCUCUCGGCCUUCGUUGCCUACGCUGACCAUUCCUGGCUCGCCACCGUCUUCGACAAUGUCGCCAACACGUGUAGCGCCAGAUGCGACUGCAAAGCCGCGUUUGACGCUGGCACCGUCGCAGCCGUCACUGCAGCAGUUAGAACUGCGUGCAUCGCCGGUGAUUGAGUCGUUCGAAGCUACAGCGUGGGGCGAGGUGAUGAAGAGGAUCGACAGCAGCCAGGAUGGACAUGCGUCGAGCCCAACUCACAGCGGCCGCAGUAGCGCUCAGAGGGAGGAUGGACCACGUAGCCAAAAGGGCGGCACGAACGACCAUGGUUGGUUCUGA